CAGAAGAGUCAGUCAAGAUCUGUGAAGUGACAGUGUUCGCCAUGAUGUGGACGGCAAGUUUCUGCCUCCUGUGGGCUCUGUCCGCCCUCGGUGCUCCGGCAAACAAACAGAGACAGAGAAUGCUGCUGAUCUCUUUCGACGGUUUCCGGUGGGAUUACGACCGCGAUGUAGACACACCGAACCUUGACCAAAUGGCCAUGGAUGGAGUCAAGGCCCUGUAUGUCACACCUCCGUACAUCACCAUCACCAGUCCUACACACUUCACCCUUUUGACAGGCCGCUACGUUGAGAAUCACGGGGUAAUCCACAACAUGUGGUUCAACACAAGCACCUCGGAGAAGAAGCCCUACUAUCAGACUCAGUUUGUGAAUGAGUGGUGGGACAAUGGCUCUCUGCCGAUCUGGAUCACAGCGCAGAAACAGGGCCUAAAAGCUGGCUCUCUUCACUUUCCUGGCACAGCUUCUAGUUACCAGGGACAAGUUGCUAUGGUGCGGGAAGUGGAGCCACUGCUUUACAACUACAAGAACGAGACAGCGUGGAAAGAGAAUACAAACAAGGUGAUGGGCUGGUUCAGAGACCAGGACCUGGACUUUGUGUCCAUGUACUUUGGUGAGCCAGACGGCACAGGCCACAGAUACGGCCCAGACUCCCCAGAGCGCAGGAAGAUGGUCAAGCAAGUUGACAGAACUGUGGGCUACAUUCGCCAAUCAGCUGAACAACACGGCUUGACCAGCAGUCUCAACAUCAUCAUCACGGCGGACCACGGCAUGAGCAACGUGUACCGCAAUGGUCUGGUGAAAGAGAUCACCCUGUCCACCAUUCCGGACUUCUCCUUCAGAGACCUGUCGUUUCACUUGGUGGAUUUCGGGCCCUCUGGGAUGCUGCUGCCAAAGCCGGGCAAAUUGGAGAAGGUUUACAGAGCUUUAAAGGACGCCCAUCCACACCUUCAUGUUUACAAGAAGGAGGAUAUGCCAGAGCACCUCCACUUCGCCAAAAGUGAUCGAAUCCUUCCCAUCAUUUUAUGGGCCGAUCCUGGAUACGUGAUCAAUGGGUAUUUCCCGGUUCAGUUCCACAAGGGUGAGCACGGCUUUGACAACCAAGUGAUGGACAUGAAGCCUUUCUUCAGGGCAGUGGGUCCGGCGUUUCACAAGAACCUGGUGGUGGGACCUUUCGAGACGGUGAACAUCUACCCUCUGAUGUGUCACAUCCUGGGCAUCGAGCCGGAGGUCAACGACGGCCACCUGAAUGCCACCAAACACAUGCUGGUUACGAGCGCCGCUUCUCAGGGUGAAAAUAGGAAUUUCCUGCCAACCAUCUUGAUUGGAAUCGCUGCAGUGACUGGAUUUCUUCUGUAGUUUUUGUUGCGGUGACAUCCCAACAAAAUACUCAAGAGAAAACGCUACCAUAAAGACUAAUGACAAAGUAUUUCAAAAGUAGCCUAUUUUUUCAUUUCAAAUUUCAAGGAUAUUUGAUACAAAUGGACCAUAAAAAUAAAAGUAACAAAUGUAUGUACUGAAAUGAGAACUGUGUUUUUAGAUCUGAUUUUGUAACAAAGCAUUACUUUAUCACGACUUUAUCUGUACUUCAUGUUUCGCUCAGACGACGGUAUCUGCCGAGGGACACAACUCUUCAAACUCGUUCUCAGUUGCCCGCCUCUAUUCGCACGGUCGUGUCAAGUGACGCACACACGCACGGAACUUCCGGUUACGACUUUCAAAAGACUCUCAUACUGUUCUGUCUCUGCCAUUUUCAUUGCCAGUAAAUUAAGGAUACACAUUAACCCAAACACUGGAAUUAUGUUGUUUCUACAUUAAAAUGUUGAUGUUGUUUUUGUAGAAGGCUCGUAGAAUAAUUUACAGCACUGUGCAUUUCAUUUUUGACAAUGAUUCUGAAGAUGUCCCUGUCAAACCCUCAUAACAAAGAAGUGCAAUUGAGGUUUUGUUGAAAAAGAAAGUGUAUUAUCAUUAUAUCACUUGACUAGAUUGUUUGGUAAUAAAUAAAUCAAAACGGC